AUGACAAGCGACGACCACAGCGAGCGAAAGCACGCUUUCAGCCUUACCAUAACUCCAGAGCAUGCGCCUCCCUUCUGUCUUCCGGUUCAGAAUGAGCAGACGGUUCAGGGAGAGACGCCUCCAUACCGCAACGUGAAAGUCCGGGAAGGCUUGCGGUGCAUCCCGGAAGAUGGAGUCAACACGGUCAUGGACUUGGUGCAGAGAGCUUCACGCAAGUUCGGCUCACUUCCGGCGGUAGGCAUGCGAAAGAGAGCCAAGACUCAUAUCAGAUCUGAAUCAAACGAGUCUGAUGGCCGUAGCAAGGAAGCCAGUGUUCCAGAAUUGACAGGAUACGAAUUUAUAUCCUAUCAGCAAUAUGACAGCCUGAUCAUAGACAUCGGGGCGGGCCUAGUUAAGCAGGGUCUCCAUCAACGGCAUGAUAAAAUCUGUAUCUGGGCCCAUACUAGCUCACAUUGGCUCGCCGUGUUCCAUGGAGCUGCAUCUCAAUCAAUUGCCGCUGUCACGGCAUACGGCAGCCUAGGACUGUCUGGGCUCCAGCAUGCCCUCGUCUCAACCAAGGCAGCCGCCCUCUUUGUCGACGAAGACGCCCUCAUUCGACUGGGAGAUGCACUUCAAACCGUGGCAGAAGUGCGUCUGGUGGUGUACGAUGGCAACUCAGACAGCUCCUCCGCCGAGAUCACCAGAUUGAAGCAAACGAUGGGUCACGUUGCCUUCAUACACUUUCACGAUCUAGUUUCGAUUGGACGCCAAAACCGGUGUGCAGCGCAUCUUCCCAGCGCCGAUAAUCUAUGUGCCAUCUUCUACACUUCGGGAUCGACAGGAGACCCAAAGGGCGUGCCCAUGAAGCACAAAAACGUGGUCGCUGCAGUGGCAGGGUUCGACGUCGUCAUUGGCCGGCAUUUCGACCAUCACGAUCGGUAUCUGGCGUACUUGCCUUUAGCACACGUGCUAGAAUUUGCAUUCGAGCACUGUUGUCUGUUCUGGGGAGUCUGCUUAGGCUACGGAAGCCCGCGGACUCUGUUUGAUUCUGCUGUACAUGGCUGCCAAGGUGACCUUCGAGAACUUCGCCCGACUUUCAUGCUCGGCGUGCCAGCCAUCUGGGAGAAUGCACGCAAGACGAUUUUGACGCUCAUUAAUUCCACGAAGCUCGAAAAACAGACUACUUUCUGGGAAGUCCUCGAAGCAAAGAAAGCGGCCAUUGGCGCAGGCGGCACAUUUUCGCCAGAACAAGACCAGGCUGCGUUCUCAGAAGCUCGAGGUCUGCUUGGUGGCAGCCUUCGAUUUAUGUUGACUGGAGGCGGCCCAAUCGCGGAGGCGACGCAAGACUUCAUAUCCUUUGUCGUGGCACCGCUAGUGAACGGCUUCGGCCUGACCGAGACCAUGGCCAUCGGAGGCAUCAUGGAUCCGUGCCAAUGGCAUACUGGGUCCCUAGGCAGCAUACCAGGCUCCGUAGAGAUCAAACUCGUCGAUCAUGAAGAGGCUGGCUACCUCACCACAACGCAGCCGCCUGAAGGAGAAAUCUGGAUUCGAGGAGGUAGUGUCGCCGAGGGCUAUUGGCAGAAUGAGGAGGAGACUCGAAAGGCGUUCACCCACGACGGCUGGUUCAAGACCGGCGACAUUGGCCGCAUCGAUGACCGUGGCACAAUUUCCAUCAUUGGCAGGAAGAAGAACCUUGUCAAAACGCUCAAUGGAGAAUACAUCGCCAUCGAAAAGCUCGAGUCGAUCUAUCGUGCCGCACCAGUUGUCUCCAACAUUUGCAUUCACGCGGAUGCAACAAGGUCCAAGCCCAUCGCCAUUAUUAUCCCCGUCCGACAGGAGUUACAGAAUCUCCUGCAUUUUCCUCUUGACAUGGCCAAUGCAGCACAAGUUGCAGAGGCCCGGCAACUGAUUCUCCCUCAGCUACUUGAGCAUGCGCGCCAGCACAACUUGGCCGGUAUCGAAACAGUGGAAGCGGUGGUGAUAUCGCCGCUCAACGAAUGGACGCCAUUGAAUGAAAUGACUACCGCAGUUGGAAAACUGAAUCGGAAAGCCAUCCUCAAGAGGCACGAAGAGAACAUCAAACAGCUGUACAAGGGAGAGACGACGUGA